UCUCUGUUUCCUUCUUCAUCAAUUUUCCUUGAGAACUUUCGCAGGAUUUUGAGUUUCAAAUCUGAUAUUGAAAGUUGCAUCGUAGAAGAAACGAAAUCGGUUCCUGAUCUGGAAUCAUGGGCUGCGUUUCCUCAAAAGGAGUGCGAACUAACGACGAUUUCAUCGACACCAACCACGUGAGCCUUCCAAAACCCUCCAAGAAACAAUCCUCUUCUUCUUCUUCCAGAAACAACGAGCAUCUCGAUUCAGAGGAAACCAGCGUCAAUGGAAACAACGAAGCUACAUUGAGGCUAAUUCCUAGCGAUACCAAUCGUGUCUUUUCCGAUGAAGAGGAGGAGGAGGAGGAGGAGAAGACAAGUUUUCAGAUGAAAUCUCUUGAGACAGUGUCUCAAAAAGACAUCACUGUGGAGGUGCUUGAUAAUGUAGGACCAUUGCAGCCAAGAGUGAGUAGAAUUGCUAAUGGAGACAGAACAGCUAAGGUUAUUGCUGGCUGGCCUUCUUGGUUGGUUUCUGUUGCUGGUGAAGCUCUCAAUGGAUGGCUUCCUCGUAGUGCAGACUCCUUUGAGAAGUUAGAGAUGAUUGGGCAAGGGACGUAUAGCAAUGUGUACAGGGCCCGUGAUCUCGAAACGAACCAGAUCGUUGCGUUGAAGAAGGUUCGGUUUGCUAACAUGGAUCCUGAGAGUGUGAGGUUCAUGGCCAGAGAGAUCAUCAUACUCCGUAGGCUUAACCAUCCAAACGUUAUGAAACUGCAAGGGCUUAUCAUUUCAAAGGCUUCAGGAAGUAUGUAUCUUGUAUUUGAAUAUAUGGACCAUGAUCUUACUGGCCUUGCUUCAACCCCUGGGAUUAAGUUCUCUCAGGCACAGAUUAAAUGCUAUAUGAAGCAGUUGCUGCUUGGUUUAGAACAUUGCCAUAGCUGUGGUGUGUUACACCGUGACAUCAAGGGAUCGAAUCUUCUGCUAGAUCGUAACAAUAAUCUCAAGAUUGCUGAUUUUGGUCUUUCUACUUUUUACCGGGGACAACGGAAACAGCCUCUCACUAGCCGUGUUGUGACCUUGUGGUACCGCCCACCUGAGCUUCUCCUCGGUUCCACAGACUAUGGAGUCACGGCUGAUCUGUGGAGCACGGGAUGUAUACUUGCUGAGCUCUUUACUGGAAAGCCACUUCUUCCCGGAAGAACCGAGGUUGAACAAAUGCACAAGAUCUUUAAACUCUGUGGAUCACCUUCUGAGGAGUAUUGGAGAAGAUCAAGAUUGCGGCAUGCAACCAUCUUUAAACCUCAACAUCAGUACAAGCGAUGUUUAGGUGAUACGUAUAAGGAUCUUAUCCCUCAUUCAGCUUUGGCUCUCCUUGAUGUUCUUCUAGCUGUAGAGCCAGAAGCACGUGGAACCACAUCUUCUGCCCUUCAAAGCGAGUUCUUUACGACAAAACCUUAUCCAAGCGAGCCAUCAAGCUUACCGAGAUAUCAGCCAAGGAAAGAGUUUGAUAUCAAGCUUCGAGAAGAGGAAGCAAGGCGAAGGAAAGGUGCGAGCAGUAAACAGAAUGAGCCGAGACAGUUGUCAAAAGAAUCAAGAGCUGUACCUGCUCCUGGUGCCAAUGCAGAGUUACUGGCAUCAAUACAGAAACGUCUAGGGGAGACUAACCAGACAAGCGUGAGUGAGACGUUUAAUCCUGAGGGAGAUUCUGGCUCUGGCUUCCGGAUCGAGCCACACAAUCCCUACACAAAUGGUGACAGUCAUCCUAAUCUUAGAACACAAAGGUCUUAUGUCCAACGUGGGGGAGCUGCCCAAUUGUCAAGAUUCUCAAACUCAGUAGCAUCUAAUAGAGAUAGCUCACAGUUUGGAAGUAUGAGAGACGCCUUAGUGAAUCAACACUGGCUUGAAGAUGGUUCUGGGAAUUGCAAUUUGUCCCAAAGAUUGCUUGAGAAACCCAAUGGUCUGAGGAAAGGUGACCCUUCAUCCUCUAGCAAAGGACCACUAAGGGGUCAUGAUGGAGAGAAGAGAGAGAGGAUUCAUUACUCGGGACCAUUGAUGUCAGGAGAAGGAAACUUGGAUGAAAUGUUGAAAGAACAUGAAAGGCAGAUCUUACUGGCUGUACGUCGAGCUCAAGCUGAUAAAGCUAAGCGAGACGUUAGCAGACAAGGCCGGGGCUCGCUUCUGGCUAAUGGAAGGUGAUUCUCGGAGGUUUAUUCAUUUCUAAAUUUCUUACAGAAAGUUCAAAAACUAAAAACAAACUUUUGGUAACAGUCUGAUGAUGGUUCUUCACCAUACUUCGCUUCCUUUUUUUUUUGUUAGACUUGUAUGGUUCAAAAGAAGGGGAUUAGGACUUAGGAUCUUGUCUUGUACAGUCAGUUUGCUUACAUUUAUCUGAUUGAUUCUUUUAAAUAAUCUAAUAAAAAAAUCCGGAGUUUUACUGUUCCAAG